AUGUCGAUCACCUCGAUGGUAUCCUCUGUUUUCAUUUCACUCAUAGUUGCUGCAGCAUACAUGGCAGCUCAAGCCACUGCCGUAUCGCCACUACCAGCACAAGGUGCUGCAGAAGACCCCGUUCUGGAGUUCUACAUGCACGACAUUCUCGGCGGAAGCAGCCCCACAGCCAGGCCGAUCACCGGCUUGCUGGGGAACAUCUACAGUGGUCAGGUGCCCUUCGCUAGGCCAGUUGGGUUCGUUCCUCCCAAAGGCGGAGUAGCCAUCCCAAACGCCAACGGUGCCCUCCCGACUGUCAACAUCAACGGCAUCCCUCUGGGGACGGGCCUGGCUGGAACCCGGUAUGCUGGAGGGCAAGCAAAUGGUCAGAACCAGAACAAUGUUAAUCAGAUACAGACGCAGCUGGGACCAGAUGGGUUGGGACUCGGGUUCGGGACGAUCACUGUCAUCGAUGAUAUUCUCACUUCCACCCCUGACUUUGGGUCACAGCAGCUUGGCAAGGCUCAGGGUGUUUAUGUGGCAAGCUCUGCAGAUGGCAGCACCCAGAUGAUGUCGUUUACCGCCAUGUUCGAAGGUGGGGAGUUUGGUGACACCCUCAACUUCUAUGGUGUGUACAAGAUUGGCAGCCCCAUGUCGUACUUGUCGGUCACCGGUGGAACGGGGAAGUUCAAGCACGCCAUCGGGAGUGCCAAUGUGAGAGGGCUCAUACCUUCUGGACAACAUGUCACAGAUGGUGCUGAGACAUUGCUGCGGGUCACUGUUCAUCUCAAGUACUAA